AUGCCUUCUAUUCAACUAGUAGCUGACUUACCUGGUCAUACUUCACCCGCAUGGUGUAUAACUUUCAACCCAACUAGACCCCUUUUCGCAACAUGUUCAACAGAUAAAACUAUCCGAAUUAUAUCCGAAUCAGAAUCACAAUCACAAAUAUCAUAUCAUUUACCAAACUUGGAAUCCCCAAAACCUCAAAUAAACCUCGUAUCGGAAAUCUCAUCGGGACAUAGUCGUACUGUCCGUUGGAUAUCUUGGGCACCAUCAGGAAACACUUUCGCCAGUGCUUCUUUCGAUUCAACCGUCAAGAUAUGGGAAGAGAUAGGAGAUGAUGAUGAUGAUGAUGUAGAAGAAGAGGAGUUUUCUGGUGUUUAUCGAAACAAAUUGAAUGAUGAUGAAGAAAAAGAUAAAAAAGAAUGGAAAGAAUGGGAAUGUGUAACUACUCUUGAAGGACAUGAAAGUGAAUGUAAGAAUGUAGGUUUUAGUCAUGAUGGUGGUUUGUUAGCUAGUUGUAGUAGAGAUAAAAGUGUUUGGGUCUGGGAAGUCCAGCCGGAUGACGAUUUUGAAUGUAUAGCAGUGAUGAUGGAACAUAAUCAAGAUGUCAAAUGUUUAGCUUGGCAUCCUAAAGAAGAGGUGAAUCUCGCUUCUGCUUCAUACGACUCCACCAUCCAUCUAAUGUUUGAUGAUCCUGAUGGUGAUUGGUGUCCAUUUCAAAAACUUUAUCCUAAACUCUCCGCCGCUCCCCUUUUCCUAUCCCUGCCUACCCCUGCGAACCUACCAAAUACAUCCGCCAAUUACUUGAACACAUCAUCACCCCCCUCUCAAGAUCUCAACACUACUACUUCGGAAUCCGACAAAACGUCUACACCCUCUGGACAGUCUUCAAUAAAUGGUCAAACGCAACUUGACCAUUCCCCAUUAUCCGCUUUAUACCCGACGGAAGAAGAAAAAGCAGCAGCAGCUUUACAUAUACCCCCUUUGUUAGAAGAUGAAACUGUUUGGUGUUUAUCUUGGAGUCCUUGUGGUAAGUAUCUUGCCAGUGGGGGAGAUAGAGGAGGUAUAAGGAUAUGGACUAGAAACGGCUCAAACCCCGAUUCUCAACUUAUCGAAACCCUUCACACAUCAGCCCAUUCAUCUCCAUGUUUCUCUCUUUCCUGGGGGAUGGCAUCAAAAGAUGAUUCAAAUAACUUGGGAUUAUUGAUUUCCGCCGGUGGAGAUGGUAGGAUCAUCAUACGGCAAAUAACAAAAUCGACAAGAUCCUCUCAAAACAUUUCUUCCGUUGACCAAGAUACUAGUAGACAAUCGGGAAUCUCAAUGAAUCCUAUCUGUGCAAUCAAGGAUGCUCAUGGGGUUAGCGACGUUAAUUGUGUAGCUUGGUGUGAUAGGCAAGAUGGUCGUGGGAAAGGUAUGUUUGGUAGUGUUGGUGAUGAUGGUGGUGUUAAGAUUUGGAGGGUUGUUAGAUGA